AUGUUCCAUGGUUAUGUCACUGGGCACUGUCGAAUGCAACGAUAUUCUGUUAACGUUCAAACCUUCAGAUUGUUGUCGAGAUAUUCGCGCACCUUUCUAACGUAUCAGCGUAGAGCUUAUUCGAGCACUGGCGGCGCCACGAUGACGGCUCAGAAACAAGCAAUUAUUUCACACCGAGUCAACAAUAUUAUCAAAUCGGCUGAGGAUAAACGCGAGUAUCGCGGUUUGGAACUGAAGAAUGGACUGCGCGUUCUGUUGAUAUCCGAUCCGACUGCUGAUAAAAGUGCAGCUUCAAUGGACGUUAACGUUGGACAUUUGAUGGAUCCAUGGGAACUGCCAGGUUUAGCGCAUUUCUGCGAACAUAUGCUCUUUUUGGGCACCGCGAAAUAUCCGUCCGAAAAUGAGUACAGCAAAUAUAUCUCAUCACACGGCGGCAUAACGAAUGCGUUCACUGGUUCAGAUCAUACGAAUUAUCAUUUUGAUAUUGCGCCCGAUCACCUACCUGGAGCACUGGAUCGUUUCGUACAAUUCUUUUUGUGUCCACAAUUCACUGAGAGUGCUACCGAACGUGAGGUGUGCGCAGUGGAUUCGGAAAAUUCGAACAAUCUACAGAACGAUCAGUGGCGAAUGAUACAGUUGGAGAGAUCACUGUCGAAGCCAGGUCACGAUUAUGGGAAGUUCGGAACUGGCAGUAAGAAGACAUUAUUGGAAGACGCACGUGAAAAGGGUAUUGAACCAAGAGAGGCGCUUUUGAAGUUUCAUCAACGUUAUUACUCAUCUGAUAUAAUGAGUUGUUGCAUAAUUGGAACCGAGAGUUUGGAUGAACUAGAAAAUCUGGUGGUCUCGUUGAAUUUUGGCGAUAUUGUGGCGAAAAAUGUUGAGCGAAAAGUUUGGCAGGAGGGACCGUACGAUCGUGAUCAAUUGGGUGUCAAAAUUGAGUUGGUGCCCGUUAAAGAUCUUCGAUAUUUGACGUUAAUGUUUCCGAUGAAGGAUUACAAAGACGAAUAUCGAGCACAGCCAGCUCACUACAUAUCACAUUUGAUCGGCCACGAAGGUCCAGGAUCGUUGUUAUCAGAACUGAAACGUCUGGGAUGGGUGAGUUCGUUAUCGGCUGGAGGUCGUCUAAUAGCGAAUGGAUUCGGCGUUUUCAAUAUUUCUGUUGAUCUGAGUGAAGAAGGACUGAAACACACGGAUGACAUAAUACGAUUGAUAUUCAACGAAAUUGGCCUAGUGAAAUCGAAUGGACCACUGAGAUGGAUACACGAUGAGUUGAAGCAAUUGGUUGAAACGAAAUUCCGUUUUAAGGAUAAGGAAGCACCAAUGAAUUAUGUGACACAAUUAUCUUCUGAGCUACAACGAAUUGGUUUCGAGGAUGUGGUCUGUGCUGAUUAUAAAAUGGAUCAAUUUAAACCAGAUUUAAUCAAUGAGAUUCUGGACGCAUUGACACCGGAGAACAUGAUGUACGCAGUUGUCUCGCAGGAGUUCGCCAAUCAAGAGGGUAACGUUCGUGAGAAAUGGUAUCAAACCGAGUAUAAAAAGACUCGUGUUGAUCAGAAAUCUCUUAAAGAGUGGCGAUCUGCGAUGGACAUGGUACCGAGUUGUUUGCAGCUUCCUGAAAAGAACGAAUAUAUCGCUAAUAGAUUCGACUUGAAACCAAGAGAAGAGAGUGCAAGUGUAGCGCCACGUCUUAUCAAAGAUGAUCAGUGGUCACGUAUAUGGUUCAUGCAAGAUGAUGAAUUCAAACUGCCCAAGAGUUCCACUCGAGUGGCGAUCCAUUCGCCGAUGAUGGCCGCAGAUCCGAUGAAUACAUUCCUCUCAGCCAUGUACAUCAUAUGUCUUCAAGUGCGUCUCACUCGUUUUAUCACUACUAUUGAGUGGCGAUUGUUAUCUGCGUGUGCGAUUGAAAGACCGUUACUUUUGAUUGACGUUCAAUGUUCUUGA